UUCGAUUUGUCUUUGUCACCACAAUCUGACGACGCCAUCGCCGCAAUGCCUUCCACCACCGAAACGGCAACAUUUCCGAUAUCUUUCCCGCGAGCUACUUUUCUACUGUUCCGAGAUCGAAUUUUCUUCUUCUCGACUCGUCACAAAAACGCCUAUUCUCACUUUCACCGCUCUUGGAUUUUAAUGGAUAUCUCUUGAAACCUCUCCGGCCAUCUUCUCUUCGGCCAUACUCUGAAAUUUGGAUUCCAAAUUUAUCAAAAUUAUAAAUUUGAUGGAAAAAAACGUGAAACAAGAUUCACAAAGUUUCAGAAUCCACGAGGUGACAUUAUGCCGUUUGAGAUUUACAUGUGAGGUUUAUGCAACCAUACAAUGCACUCUGAGUGAUUUGACAACCGUGGUAAGUGCUCUCUUAACUUCUAUGUAUGUGUGUAGUUCUAGCUCCAUAUGUGGAAUCGACAUUUCGAAAUUAGCUUAUAGCUCCAAAGUUCGGUUCUUUCUAGCUGCAUAAUGAAAGCCAAGAUAUUCAUUCACAAGUUUAAAGUUCUAAGAUCAUCUUUGUUUUCUUGUUGUCAUUGUUGAUCUUUAAUAGAUAUACGGUUCUUGAAUAUAUGGAUGCACAUAAUGAUUACCUGAUUAUUUUAGUAGCUGU